AUGGCAAGCUAUUUGGGGAGAGGUGCAGCUUCUAAUGGAACUGUUUAUGUCUCUAACUUGCCACCUGGGACGAGCGAAACCAUGCUUGCUGAUUAUUUUGGCACUAUAGGUUUGCUAAAGGUAGGGAUCCUUCCGUGUUCCCAUGUUAUCAGCCUAUAUUUUCGUUCAUCUUGCAGCAAUGCUUCAUUUCUUAAUAAAUUCAAGUUUCACUUGUUUUAUGUUCCUUCUUGCAACCGUUUUACAGAAGGACAAGAGGACUGGUCAACCAAAAAUUUGGAUGUACAAGGAUAAAAUUACCAAUGAGCCAAAGGGUGAUGCCACUGUUACCUAUGAAGAUCCACAUGCUGCAUCAGCUGCUGUUGAGUGGUUUCAUAACAAGGAAUUUCAUGGAAACAUUAUUGAAGUUGGCAUAGCCGAAUCAAAGGGAAAAGAAUCGUUUGAUCUUCCAAGCAUUCAGCUUUCAGAUCCAAGUGCCUUUGAUGGACAAGAAGACAGUAGGGAUUUGAAGGGUGUUGGUGGAGGAAGAGGUAGAGGGAGAGGUGAAGGAAAACCAUGGCAACAAGACGGGGAUUGGCCAUGUCCAAAUACAAGGUCUGUGAAUGUGAUAUUGGUGAGCAGCCCUCUCUCACUUUUCGAUGUUUGAUAUGUCUAUAUAUAUAUUUGGGUUCUCAGUUCAGAUUUUCUGAUGCUUUGUUUGCUAUCAGCUGCGGCAAUGUGAAUUUUGCGUUUCGUGGUGUUUGCAAUCGUUGUGGAACGGCUCGGCCUGCUGGUGCAGGAGGCAAAGGUCCAGGAGCUGGUUUGGGUAGGGGCCAUGGUGGCAAUGAUGCUGGAGGACGCGGUAGAGGUGCUGGUGGUCCUACCGGUCUCUUUGGUCCAAAUGAUUGGCCAUGUCCUAUGUAAGCCAUCUUCUCCUAAGCAUGAGGAUUGAUUAUUCUAUCACACAAAAUAUUUUCUCCAGUUUAUUGUUUUACAUAUAAAAGUAGAGGUAGUCAUCCAUAUGAUUUACAGUUUUUGCUUGUGUUUAAUUUUAGUCGUCUGGUACUAAUUUUUGACGAAGGCAUGCUUGCUUCAUUCUGUGUUCAAGUUUUCUUUUCUCUGAGAAAAGAAUUAUUACUGACGGUCAGCUGAUUAGCCUUUUACAUGUGUGUAUUUACUGUUGAGUACUAGUUAUUUUAACUUGAUAGGGAGUUUCAAAAAGAAAUGCCUGGAAAGAAAAAUGUUGGAAGCUCAGCAUCAGCAAUUCUUUUUGAUUGAAUCACAAACAACCUCUCUUAAAGAACAUUUAUUUGAAUAUAAUAUGAGCACAUUGAAUCUAUACUUAUGAUAUGAACAUUUAAGGAUUUACGCAUUGAAUCUUCUUUAACAGAGUUCUUUUACAAUUCUUUCUCACAUUGUUUGUUUCCUUAUGUGAUCUGGUCCAGGCAGAAGAUCUUCAUUGUCGUCAGUCAGCCAUAGAGCAAAGUUAGUUGUGAAUGAGAACAUAUCACGGAUUUCUUAUUGCAUAUCUGUAGUGUAAUUUGAUUGAACUCCAGUGGUUGUCAACGCAUUGAGACAAUUGGGUGGUUGUUAAAAAAAUGCAUCUACAAAAAGUUUUAGAAGUCAAGUUUUAUAAUUUUGUGGCCAGCUUGUAUUAAGCCUAAAGUCUGUGAUGCCUGCUGUGUCCACCUAUUACUAUGAGCGGGAAUUGUGGUGCUAUUUAUGCUCUUCCUGUACGUUUUCAUGAUUUAACUUUCGCAUGAAUUGCUGCUGAUGUUGCUAAUUUUUAUGUUGUGUGGCGCUUUUUUAGUGUUCACUUGCAUUUAAUUUUCAUCUUUUAACUUCUGGGCCUAGUAUAACAUUUUUUUGCCAUUACAGGUGCGGAAAUAUUAACUGGGCUAAGCGAAUGAAAUGCAAUAUUUGUAAUACCAAUAAGCCAGGUCACAGUGAAGGUGGCGUGAGGUAUUACAUCUUCACGCUGUGUUUUUUUUAUUAUUAAUCUUUCUGGUGAACUUGAAACAUUAUUCGCAAAAUGAUCAUACAUUUUUUUUCCUCAUGUAUUCUUAUUUCUGGCAUACGUUUCUUUCCUUAGGUUCUUUUGCUAUUAUUUAUUUUCUUAUCAUUUUCAAUACCAUUUGGUAUAAAAUGUGAUUAGUUAUAACUGCUUACAAGUAACUUGAUUUCAUACACGAGGGUUUCGUGUACACUGUUAGAUUUCAGACAUGUUUGGUUUGUGAAGCACGAUUUGUCAUUUAACUUUACAUGUAAAACUAAAUGAGGUCUUUGGUGAGUAUUUGAGCCUGUUAGACAUCUCUUUUGUGGAGCCAACACAGCGGAGAGGGGAGUAAAGCCCUUGGUGCUUUCCUUCACACCUGUUGUUUAUGCUUCCUGUAGAUAGAGCUGUGAAUAAAAAACCACCAUAAAAAUGUUGCGAACUAUUUCAGGCAUAUUCUUGGAUUUUAGAAUGCCACUAUCCUCUGAUUCACUACUUGGGGUGGUUGUUUACUAAUUCAAUGUGCCAAUAACAUGCUACUUUUAGAAGGUCGCCCAUUAUUUUUCAUGUACGAAUAAGAAACAAAUGCCAUGGAACUGGCCUUCUCACAUCUUUCUCUUCUCUCGUCAGUGACCCGAUAUAAUGCCGUGGAAAGCUAUGAAAAUUGAGUGAAUCUUGCAUGGCUCGUGGAUGGAAAGUUUAGGCUGGUCGUUGUAUGAUUUUAUUGGGGUAACUAUUCUAUAGUUUCUAGACUUUGGAAUCCCCAGAAGCUUGACGCCUUUUGCCAGUACUCUGAGAAAUCUUAAAUAUCUCCACUGGAAGCUUCCUUAUCAGUUGGAGUAUCUUUGAAUGCUUUCACUGACGUAACACAGAUGCCACGUUGACAAAUAUUCGGUUUUAUUGACCACUGAAAGUCUGGGUCAAACUGGAGCCUGUGGUACUCAGAUCUUGGAAUCCAGCUUGUGGUAAUGUGUUCCAAGUACUGACAUUGACCAAGCCGCUCAACCUUUCAUUCUAUCAUUCUUUUAAUCAACCUGGCGGAUUGAGAAGCGUUGGGAAUUUAAUUCCUACGUUUCCUUCUGCCUCUUCCCCCCUAUAUCUUCCGCUACAUUGCUUCCAAGAGCCGCUUACAUUGUCCCCAUUCUGUUCUCUCCCAUCAUUUUGUCAACAGUGGCUGACGUGUGUUCCCAAGAUCAGGCUGCCCAUCUUCCUCCCCAAUCUUGGCCCCCAUGCACCAUGAUCAUUGACUACCUCUGUCUGUUGCAGUUCUUGCUCUAGCGCGCUGGCUCUUUGUAGACUGCCUUUGUGGGGAGGUUGCUAUCUGCGGAUGCCCAUAAAACGGCUUUCUCCUUUCCAUCUCAUACACCGUUCCCUCCCUCCUUUUUCUCCUCUUUUUCCUCGCAGUCUGAUCAUCAAUGGGCAUUUUAUUUAUUUUUCUUUAUGAUUUGUUGUUUUAUUUUAUUCUUGUUCGGAAAUGUUGCCUAGCAAGAACAUUGUCAAACAAGGUUUUAUAAACUAUUGGAGACUAGAAUCCUCGCUGGGUUGAACUAGCCAUGGUAGUCUGAAGACCACCGCAGUCAAUAUUGUCAAUCUGUUCUGAGAUUGAGAUGAUUUAUAGUUUGAUUUAUUCUUUGCUCAAUUUAGAUCUUUGUGACAUUUAAUGAUGCCUUGUAAAAUCACAUAUUUGUAUAGUUCUCUUUAUUAUUUCCCAUUGUGUCACUAUCUGUUGUUUUUUUAAUUUUUAAUUUUUAAUUUUUUGCAGACAUAAGAUUUAACCAAACCUUUUUGAGAAAUCGAUAUCCAAAGGAUAGCAGUCACAUUUCUGCUGACUUUUGGUACAACAGGAGGAACUUUUCAACUGAGUUUUGACCGGUGAACUGUUUAGUAUGCUAAUUUAGCAGUUGGCAGGCAUUAUCUAAAUUCUGGCGACAAUGGUUUUAAACUUGAUGAAUUCCCCUAAAAUAUUAGUUCUGAGAAAAAUCUGUGAAAUUAAAGUAAACUCGAAUUUAUAUGAUUCCUGUUUAAAUUUGCAAUCAUUAUUUUCUCUUUCCAUGGGUUAGUUUCUUCAGACAAGAUGAAGACCGUGGCUUUACUGCUUUUCUGCUUUCUUUGUUCUAGGGGCGGUCGUGCUGGAGGAUACAAAGAACUGGAUGAAGAAGAGAUUGAGGAAACAAGACGGCGUAGGCGAGAAGCAGAAGUGAGUAGACUGGAAAAUCUUAGUAAUCAUGGCUUUGGAGUUCUUUGUUGUUCUAUCAAAAAAGAUCUCAUCCCUCUUCUUCAGGACGAUGGAGAGAUGUACGACGAAUUUGGCAAUCUCAAGAAGAAGUUCCGUGCUAAAAUGCAGCAGGGUGGUAGCGGGUCUGCACUCCCUGGUUCUGGACGUGCCGGAUGGGAGGUAGAAGAUCUAGGUAUGCAGCCAACCCCCUUUUUUAUUAUAUUAUGAAUAUAUUCCUGUAUAUAUACAUAUUUAUGAAAAAUAUAUAGGCUGCAUUUAGUUAUUCUUUUUUGUGAAAAUCAUUUUUCUUGAAGAAUCUUGCAGUCAAAAACUCUUUUUCUUUUUUUUUUUUUUGGUUUGUGUUGACUUCUUGCUCAUUUAGUUGCAACCCAUUAAUAAUAAUAAUAAUAAUAUUAAUAUUAAUAUUAAUAUUAAUAUUAAUAUUAAUAUUAAUAUUAAUAUUAAUGUCUUCUUCUGGGCCCUGAACAUGGUUGUCUACUACGACAGGGAGAGACUCGAGGGAGAGAAGCAAAGACGGCGGGAGAAGCCACUCUGACAGAGAGGGCAGCAGGACCCGCGACCGUGAGAGGGAGAGGCCUCGGAGCCGGAGCAGAGAGAGAGAGAGGCCCAGAGACCGGACGAGAGACAGGGACCAAGAUCGCAGCCAUGGCAGGGAGCAGCAGCGCGACCGCCACCGGGACUGGUAG